CACAAGUGUCUGAAAACAAAGUAUGGUUAAAAUUUGGUAUCAUCUUAUCUCUUAUACAUUUCUUGCCUAUCCUAUGCUAUCCUCAACCACUGCAAGCUAUGUUCCUCAGUUCAUGCAGCUAUUUAAACUAUCUUAGAAUUAUUUCAAGAAUCAAUGGAAAUUACCAUGGAGAAGCUGCUGUUAAGCAGUAAAAUACAAGCUUUUAUGAGUACCCUUCAUCCACAAUUUGCAGCAAAAACUUCCAAGUUGCCUUCAUGCUCUGAAUCAAAGUCUCAAACUAUUUUCAGAGGGAUUCAUGUUAAGAGCCAAGUUCAAGGCCAUCUACUCAAGGUUUGUGCUGUGAGGAGGAGAAGAGCCAAUGUAGAUAGUGAUACUUAUGUAUUGAUGGAACCUGGGAAGAACGAAGAGUUUGUGUCGGAGGAAGAACUGCGUGACAGGUUGACAAGUUGGCUAGAGAAUUGGCCCGGCAACGCCCUACCGCCUGACCUUGCAAGAUUUGAUACAAUUGAUGAUGCUGUUGAUUACUUAGUCAAGUCUGUCUGUGAACUUGAAAUAGACGGUGAUGUCGGCUCAGUUCAGUGGUAUCAAGUUCGCUUGGAGUGAGUACUAUUUUCUUCUUGGAUUAGACGAUGUAUUCGCUUAUAAACGAAAUUAUUAUGUGUGUGCCAAGUUAUGUUUUUCUCCA